GCUGUCUGGUACACACGUGACACGUCGUGGGACUUCCUCAGUUUUGCGGCCGAGCUUUUUGUGUUUCCCAGAACAUCCCGCAUGCUUAUUGCCUCAGAGAGGACUGCUGCUGAUUGGUACAGCAGCUCCAGAUUUAAAGAUCCCAGAUGUUUUUUUUUCUUUCACAAGCCAUUACGGAAUUUGUGAGUUUCUGCAAAGUGUUCGCCACAUCGGACGGAACACCGUUAGCGGAAAAUCACAACAAAAAAAAAACCUGACUGACCGCAGGUGCCAGAUUCGCACGCUCAGUGGGCCGCGCCGACGGGCCGAAGGUAGGCGUAUCUGCAGUAAGUCAACAGUUGCAUAACCGCCUGCUUGUUGUGCACGUGAAGUUGUAUAAAUGACCAGCGGCAACAAAGGAGGGCAGACAUUUGGACCCGCUCACGCCUCAGGAUGGACAAAGGCUGCUGGAGACUCGCCCUGGUCCUGUUUGUGGUGUUGCUCAGCAGCACGUAUGCAGAAGCUACGUCCUUCAUGCAUAUGGAUGACUUCAUCGUGGCGGUGAGGCAGGUGGAGCACGGUGACCCUGGGUCAGACCCAUUGAGUGUGUUGAGGAGGCUGCGGGGCGCCGGCGGCCUCGAUGACGCGUUCGUCCGGCACUUCCUUGGCAACGCCAACCCUGCCGGCGCCGAAUGGGACGCCAGCCUCUCCGGUUACCUCAGCAAGGCCGUGCGUCACAGAGUGACGGAGGACGCUACGGAGGAAGGUGUCGUCCUGACGCCCGACGGCACCACGGUCGCCCUGGCGCCCCUCCUCCUGGGCAUCGAAGCCGGUUUCCUCGCCAAGAAGGCUGGCCACGUGCGGGGCCUCUACCAGCUCACUCUGGCCAAAGACCUGGACGGCUCUCCUCUCCUGGGACCCGACGGCUGCUGGGACAGCGUCGCCUUCCCUCAGGUCUUCACCCUCCUCGGGGUCCCCUCUGCGCUCACCGCCGCCCGGGUCAACGGAGGCAUGGACGGCGCAAUUCUGGGCAUGGAGGUCUCCGCCGAGCGCCCUGCCGCGCUCAGCGGCCUGCUGACGGAGUACUACUGCCGGCUGGACAGCAAGGGGCUGGACGCCGGCCCGCGCCUCAUCGCCCAGCGCCGAAGGGAGAACUUCCGGGGGCUGGUUGCCCCCCCCGUGCUGGUCCGACAGGUGUUGAAAGCGGUAGAGCUGCGGCGGGGACUGGCGGGGCGCCCGAAGAUGGAGGUCAGGGUGAAGAAGCAGCUGGCGGCUCUGGUGAAGAAGGGAAUGAAAGAGUUUGUCCAGAAGUACAUCGAUUGCCCGCCCAUCAUACCUCGCUGCAUGUGGGGCGCAAAGCCGUACAUAGGAACCCCCACCAACCUGUCUCUUCCGCUCUCCUUCAUGUACAUCCACCACACCCACUCGCCCAGCAAGCCCUGCCUGACCUUCCAGGAGUGCGCCGCCGACAUGCGCUCCAUGCAGCGCUUCCACCAGGAGGAGAGGGGCUGGGACGACAUCGGCUACAGCUUCGUCGCAGGCUCCGACGGGUACAUCUACGAGGGCCGGGGCUGGCUGCGGCAAGGGGCCCACACCCUGGGACACAACUCGGUGGGCUACGGGGUUUCCUUCAUCGGGGACUACGCCAUCGGGCUGCCCUCCCAGCACUCCAUGGGGCUGGUGAGGGAUCAGCUGGCGGCCUGCGCCGUCGGCGGCGGGAGACUGGUCUCCGACUUCGUCCUGCAGGGCCACAGACAGGUGGUGGCCACUUCCUGUCCUGGCGACGCGCUCUAUGAUGAGAUCAGAGGCUGGGAGCACUUUGGGGAGGUCAAGAAAGGAAAAUGAUCUGCUCGACAGGAGGGAGACCAAGAAGUCUUAAGUGAACCAAAAACUAAGACACAAUAAAUAAUUGUAUAAUAA